CAUGGCAGACCAUUCGUCAAGGUAGAUGUUCCUCGUACGCAUGCGAUGAUGGCAUUUACUGACUGACUUGCCUUAGUGUCUUCCACUCUCGCCUCUUCACCUUCCACGCAGGUGAGAAUGGCGCAUCAACCACUGUCCACUCGGGCGCUGUUGCGGCUGUCUCGACUCCUCUCAAGCUGUUGAUGGAGGAAGAGACCCCCGAUGGUCCCAGAACCAGCGCUAUCCUUGAGGGUGUGCGUGAAGAAGAUCUUCUGCGCUUCUGUGACUUCUGUUACACCUCAACCUACACCGACCCUUACCCUGUUGUCAUCAAGCAAUCUUCCACUCCUGCCCCAGACACCAGCAAUGGCAAAGGCACUUCCACAGCCUUGGUUCCCACUACCGAUGAGACCACUCUCCAGCCGCCUGCCGCAAAGCGUCUGCGCACCGAAUCACCUGCUAGACUUACAGGCUUCGGCAGACCCAGUCUUCUCGGCACACCCGUGACUCCUGACGCUACCACCGCUUCUAAACUCAACAACAAGCUCUUGCUCCAUAGCGUAUUCGCAAACACCUCCACUAGCGGCCGCGUCUUCGGCGCCGUCAAGCCCAAGACCUUUACUGUCUCGUCCAACGACAACCACACCAGCGUCUUCAUCGCCCACGCUGCCAUGUACAGCCUGGCCAUCCGCUACGACAUCACCAAGCUCAAGGCUCUGUCGCUCCAAAAGCUCAGUGACAAGCUUAUGCGUUUCGAGUGCAAGGCCGAGCGCGUCGGCGAUGUCAUGGCUCUGGUCCGUUAUGUGUACGAGACCGAGCGCACCAUGACCAGAGACAUGCAGGACUUGAGAGACGUCGUUACCAGAUACGUCGUCUCCGAAGUCAGUGAAUUCGGCAACAGCGAGGAGUUCGGCGCACUCUUGGAGGAAGGAGGUCUGUUCGUCAAGGACUUCUGGUCCCUGAUCUACAGCACCUUGCUUUAGCAAGACAAGGGGUGGAUGCAGAGAGUGACAGCUUUGCUAGAGAGAUGGGACGCAAAGAAAGGUGCUGUUACCGUGAAGAGCCAAAGAGAGAUAGCGGUGAUUCUGGACUUGUUCGAUGAUGAAUCACAUUACUGUGGUGAAUAGCUUGCUUCUGCUGUGUUGUCAUCAGUCUGCAGUAGUUGAGAGAAGGGCGUUGUUUGACGCGUCUCUUGCAUGUAGACAAACAAUCUCAAUCUCAACUCUGUCGCCAUAAAUUGAUCCCUAUGAGCUUUGACGAAUGACAGCUCUCGAUGUACGCACGCUGCUCAGAUGUCAACUUUCACUUUGCUGACCUGACCUUGUCCAGCGGGUAAUCAACCAACACUCACCGGAAUAUCCAAUCCUCCAUCUUCCGCAUCCUUCCCUCUCACAACCUUUAUU